UCGGAGUGAUCGAGAUCGGAGCAAGCCAGAAAAUAGGACGGCCAGCGUUUUAUCCCCAGCGUUUCGGUGGAUCCCCAGCGAUCGGUGGAAAACAGCCAGCAGGAGUGCUAAGGAGUUUUUCCACCCCAAAUUCCGGCCCGAAACGAGUUGGGCUGCCGGUCUGAGGUUCUAAUCGAUGCCGCAGUGUCGCAAACAAAACCCAAGCAAAUAAGGAAGACGAAACUGGUGUGUCCUUUUGUCUUGCCGUGCGCAUUCCACUUACUGCAAAGAGAACAGCGAAGUGGCCAGCAAAUAGAAAAACAAGUUCCCGGUGCAAGUGGAUCCCUCGUGUGCGUGUGUGUGUGUGCGAUUCUAGUGAGCCGAGCGUGAUAUUUGCAACACACGAAAAUACCACCAAAGUGACAACCUGUUUUCGUUCAACUGCAGCCGCCAGCAUUAGCCGCCAUUAAGGUGACGUACAAGCAACGGAGCAGCUAGGAGAAGCACCAGCAACUGAGACGAGCCGUCCAAACCGCGGGAGCUUAACGAAGCACUAAUCCCGCCACAAACCCCCCUGCGUUGAAGAAGGCGAAACUAGAAGAAGUGGACAUUUGCUCGGUCGUUCCAACAACCUUGAGUUUCGCACACCCCAACCGGUGACAGCAAACCGUCAACCAGAGCGGACGGACCAGCGGAAGACACAAACCAACAUGAUUCACGUGGACGAAACGGACCCGAUGGGAGAUGUGCCACCGGCGUUCCCGUACCGGGAGGUGGAGAUUCGGCGCGGCCUGGACCCCAAACAGUUGUACGAACUGAGCAGCGAGCUCGGCAGAGGGAAGUUUGGUGUGGUGUACAAGUGCAAGGAGAAGUCGACCGGCGUCCGGUUGGCGGCCAAAUUUAUCCAGAUCGUGAAGAAGGGCGACCGGCGCAACAUCGAGCGGGAGGUUCACAUGAUGAACGUUCUGCACCACGCAAAGAUCGCGCAGCUGUACGCGGCGUACGAGUUCGAUCGAACGUUUUGCGUCAUGAUGGAGCUUGUGGAAGGCGGUGAGCUGUUCGAUCGGGUGCUGGACGAGAAGUUCAUUCUGACCGAGCGCGCCUGCUCGAUCUUCAUGCGCCAGAUCUGCGACGCCGUAGCGUACAUUCACGGCAACAACAUCAUUCACCUGGACAUGAAGCCCGAGAACAUCCUUUGCCUGACGGAGGCCGGCAAUCGGAUCAAGAUCAUCGACUUUGGGCUGGCCCGCGAGUACGACCCAGACAACAAGCUGCAGGUCCUGUUCGGUACGCCCGAGUUCGUUGCUCCGGAAGUGGUCAACUUUGAGGCGAUUUCGUUCGCGACCGACAUGUGGAGCGUCGGCGUGAUCGCGUAUGUGCUCGUUUCCGGUCUGUCGCCGUUUGCCGGCGAGGAUGACAUACAGACGAUGGGCAACAUCACGAUCGGGCGGUACGAUUUUCUCGACGAAGCGUUCGAUAACGUGUCGGAGGAAGCGAUCGACUUCAUCAACCGGUGUUUAGUGAAGGAGCAGAAAGAGCGCCUGUCGGCUGAGGACGCCCUGAAGCACAAGUGGGUCAAACGGAAGCCACAGUAUACGCCAACGAACCGGCGGCCAUCGAUCACCACCUUCAAACCGAUCCUGCUCGAGAGCAACAAUAAUAACGUCACGACCAAUGAAAUCGAUAAGGACAACCUGAAGGAGCUGGUUGGCAAGUGGAACGAAACGCCCAACAACCGAUACACGUUCGAGCAGGACACGGAAAACAUAAUCUCGCCGGCCGGCGACUCGGUGCAACUUCGGCGGCCCACGCUGCCGGAACUGUCCGGUCUGCCCACUUCCGGUAGCCGCCGUGGUAGCAUAGCGCGCGAUCGGUCCCCACUUACAGACAAACAAGCCGACACAUCGGAAACCCCCUCGGACACGGUGCCACCAACCGUGGGCGAGUUAGGUGAACGCCCGGCAGACCCGAACGAAGCGCCACGGGCCAAGGUACGUGACGAUUUGCGUAAGCUUUCCGAUUUACUAAAACUCUCCCUCACGAACGUCGCGAAGGAGUUGGAAGGUUCCGUGACGGGUGACCCGUUCGAAGCUGAAAGCACCACAGCUCCACUGUCCCCAACGGUCAGUAGCUGCAGCAGUAGCACGGCGCAGGAGUUGGACAGCGAUCUGGAGAACCUAAAGACGAAGGUCCACACGAUCCGCACUUCGCGGGCCCAGAAUAAGCUGAACGAGUUGGCCCAACGGCCGGACUUUCUGGCAAACGACCCAUUCAAACUGCCCACGUUCCGCUUCCUGCCGAAAUCGAUCAGCCUCUGCAACGAGGACUCGGUGUUCAAGGAGAACUACACCAAGUUCUGCGACCGGAAUGUGUCCCGUGAAUCGAGUGUGAUGGCCACUACGGAGGAGGUUAAGCCCGCCACCACCACCACCACCACCACCGACAAGGUUCGCAAGAAGUCUUCCACCAGUUCGGGGAUGAAGAAGAAAAAAGACUCCGGCGAGACCACCACAACCACCACAACGACGACGACGACUUUCGCGAGUGGUGGCGAAGGAAAAAUGUGCCCCUCGACCACGGUCCGGAAGACGAUCGUGAAGCAGCAGAAGGUGAUAGUGGACGAGCAGGAGUCGAAACCGGAGCCGGACACGCCGACCAUCGGUCGCCGGAAACCUCCGCUAGGGCAGAUGAAGAGUAUCGAAGCGUCACAGGCGGCGGCGAUCGGGAACUCGAUGUCGAUUAGUACCGCUUCCGUGAAGCGCACCAAGUUCCGGGUAAACCAGAUGAGUAGCCGCGACGUGCCGGUGGCCAUAAAUCCCGUGGCCCAGCGAUACCUGGAACGAAGCUGUGGCACCACGAAGGCCGUCGGUAAACCGCUGUUGGACGAUACGAGCCUGGCGCUGGGGAAAGUGUUGCAUCCGGUGAACGGUGGUGGCCCAGCGAUCGGGAACAGAGUGAGUCGUGAGACCGGCACCGAGACCGGCACGUUUGAUGAUUCGGUGACGGUCAAUAAUCUGCGAAAUAGUGCACUGAAGUUGCGCAGCCUAUCGGUUGACUGGGACGUGGUCGAUGCCGUCGAGAAUCGGUCGAUGAAAUCGAUCAAUAGCUUCCUGAAACGACACGCCGUAGCCAGCUCGGCCGUACGGCAGAUACAGGCCCAACUCGAGGCAACCGUUACACACAAAUGACGCCCGUACCGUAAAGCUAACCGCGGGGGACACAUUCUAGAAUUAGAAUCAGUUUAGAACUGACCGACGAGAGUUUCGGUCCGGUCCGUAGGGCAGGUGUAUAUACAUUUCAGCACUCCCUCUCUACUACUUAUGUACGCCAUGUGUAUUUAAUUGUAGAUCUUAGUCUUAGGAGAAGUGGUAUGCGAGUGAGUAACAAAAUGCACCGUAAUGGUAGAACGUUACGUAACGCACAGCCCAAUGGCAGGCUUUAUGCAAAACGGGGCACCGUGAAGCAGUGCCAAGGCACAGAAAGUAGAAGUAAUUUGAAAUCAUUUAAGCAAUAAAGAA